GAAGAAACUUCAAGUUACUUGCAAACACAUUUUAGCAGCGAGAAUAGCUAGUAUAUUGGGUAAAACCGUUCCACAUGAGGUAACUGCUGAUCAGUAUUUGAUGCUGUUGAAGUCAUCAUUUGAUUUGGAGGAGCAAGAUGGAUGAUGAUAUGAGCCAGUAUUAUUUUACGGCAUCUAUGGAUUCCGGCAAGACGCUUUGCAGCUUGCUGAAAGCUAUUCAGUUUCAAGAGUCUGCAGUAUUCUGUGCCCUUGCGGAAGGACUAAAGUUAACUGUAGAGGAAGGGAAGUGUGUGCAGGCCUCUGCUUACGUCCCAGCUGACAACUUCUCGGAGUACCAUGUUCGGAAUGAUGUUGAUGUCAUGUUUAAAAUAAGUAUAGCAGUGUUAGCUGAGUGUCUCAAUAUUUUUGGUUCAGGAGAAGAAUCUAGUCUGAAAAUGUAUUAUAGGGGUGAAGGGUCUCCUCUUCUUCUUGUUUUGCAGCCGCAAUCCCUGACGAACGUAAUGACGGACUGCGAGAUAUCAACACAGACCGCAGACUCAGUGCUAGAGCUGCGUGACGAAGAUUCGUCAGAAGUGGCCAAGUUGGUGUUGAAGGCGCCAGCAUUUCUGGGCUUGCUGGCUGACUUGGAGCGGUCCUGUGAUAUCAUGGAGCUUAAACUUUCGCCGGAGCAUCCAAAUGUCAGCAUUGUCACUUAUGGAAUGCAGGACAGAUCGUGUAUCGACAUGCCCAAGUCCUCCGAGAUGGUCCAGAGCUUCAGCUGCGAAGAAGCCGUUACGCUGAAAUACCAGCUGCACCAUAUCCGGCUCAUCAUGAAGGCUCUCGCCAUCUCUACUAAGGUGGUGGUAAGGUGCAGCUCCAACGGCCUCCUGCUGCUACAGCUAAAGCUGGAGAAAGAGGACCAGCGACAGAUGUUCUCCGAGUUCUAUAUAGUGCCGUUACUUGACGACUGAACUUGUAGACUGUACAUGCAGGGACGGCCGGCCGGAGAAGGCGGGCUGCCGAUCGCCUGUCGCGUUCCUUCAGCCCGAGGGCUACGCGUAUGAAUUCGUCGCUAGAGGCGCUAGUGCAGCGUGAAGUCUCCGAAAUGUCAAUUGGCACUGUUUCUGGGUGGGUUACUCACGUUUAUUACAAUUAUAAUUAUUAUGUGAACUUUUUGUAAUAUCUCGGAUUUAUUCAUUGAAAAUAUGAGUUACGGCUAUUGAGCCGUUGAGCCGAAAUAAAAGAACAUUUUGCAAAAUAUAA